AUGAUCCAUGAAAAUACGACGCUGCCUAACGUACAAAAAAUGCAGUAUCUUUUGUCGGCUUUGACGCAUGAAGCCAAGGACAUUAUUAGUUCUCUGGAGGCAUCGGACGCGAAUUAUAGUGAGGCCUGGAAAAUGCUUAAGGACAGGUACAAUGACGACAGCUUAAUAAUACAGAAGCACGUCAAAGCAUUGUUCGAGCAGCCUAUGCUUACAAAGGAGAAUUAUUUCGAGUUACGGCAGUUGUUAGAUAAUAUGCUCAAACAUAUACGAGCACUCAAGGCAUUGAAGAGGCCGACACAUCAGUGGGACGAUCUCUUAAUCCAUCUAGUAACAAGUAGAAUGGAUCCCAUCACGAACAAGGAGUGGGAAACCACCAUCAAGAGAGGUGAAAUGCCUACCUUCAAUCAAUUGACGGAGUUUCUAACACAACGAUGCCGAGCAUUGGAAGCGUCAUCUCGAAGUCAGCGGACUGCGUUCAAUAUGCAGAAGGUGAAUAAAUCAGACAAAAAUAAAGGCACAACGGUGCACGUGGCGACAACAAACAUCAUGUGUGCUUAUUGCGCAAAGGGAGACCAUCCUAUUUUCAAAUGCGCUAGUUACCUGGAUCUAGAGGUGGAUCAGCGUAUAAAGGAAGCGAAGUCUCGUAAGUUGUGUUUAAAUUGUCUCAAAGCAGCGUCUCACCAGGCGAAGCAAUGCACUUCGGGAUCCUGUCGAAAAUGCCAUAAACGACACAACACGUUGCUCCAUUUGGAACAAACAACUACGCAGCUUGAAUCGGAUUCCAAGAAGACAUCUACGCCCCCGGAUAAAGAAGGCGUGAUAUCCACAACGGUGAAUCAUGCCUCUAUCGGACCAGAUAGACAGGUAAUUCUCGCGACGGCAGUAAUCAACGUCGUGGACAUAAGAGGCGCUUUGCAGCCGUGCCGAGCACUCUUGGAUAGUGGAUCGCAGUCUUGCUUCAUCACCUCUAAGUGUGUCAAGAAACUAGGUGUCAAGCAAUACGUUACAAACAUACCAAUCUUUGGCGUGGGCGAUUUGGCGACUCAGACACGUGGACUCGCAAAAGUGACAAUACAAUCAAGGAUCAACGGCUUCCAGGCCAAGCUUGAUUGCCUAAUAAUUGAGAAAAUAACACAAGAUAUUCCAGUAAAUCGUCUUAACAUUCGCAACUUGCAGAUCCCGGACGGCAUUACAUUGGCGGACCCUGAAUUCGAUCGUCCAGCCGACGUGGAUAUAUUACUCGGUGCAGAAAUCUUCUUGGACUUACUGUGCAUUGGAAAGAUCAAGCUUUCAAAUUGUCAACCAGCUUGGCAGAAAACGCUGCUCGGUUGGGUGGUUUCUGGCAACUUUAUGGUUCACGACCAGCCAAGGAAUGCGACAAUAUGCAAUCUAUCGGUCAACGAGCAACUCAACUCAAGUCUCGCACGCUUUUGGCAGGUCGAGCGUGCGGAGCGACAAAACACGCGAACUCCUGAGGAGCGCAUCUGCGAGGAACAUUUCGCACAAACCUACAGGCGCAACUCUGAAGGUAGAUUCAUCGUAACCAUGCCAACUAGACCGGAGCUACUGCAGAAGUUAGGUGAUUCAAAGGAUAUUGCACUGAAGAGAUUCGUGACUUUGGAACGUAAGUUGAAUCGGGAUUCUGAGUUGAAGAGAGAGUAUACGGAAUUUAUACACGAGUACUUGAGCUUACAUCACAUGAGAGAGCUUCAAUCGAGCGCAACAUUGACUCACAACCCAAGUGUGCAAUAUUACUUACCACAUCAUUGCGUGAUAAAGGUGUAA